AUGAAGCUCUCCGACGUCAAGUGCCCCUUCAACAGCGACACCGGAACGCUCGCGUUCACUGGCGUCCUGGGCGCUGCGCACGCGGCCGCGUUGAUCAUCAGCCCCAAGAGAAUCAACGACAAGCUCCUGGAGAACUCCAAGGAUGAUAAGUCCCUCAACGCCAUCACGCGUAUGGGCGGCGCGAUGGCCGGUGCCGCAGCCAUCACUGCCAUGGCCCUCGGCCAAAAGGGCGCCACCAUGAUCGGCGUCGCAGCCAUCCAGGGCGUCGAGACUCACAACGAGCGCACCAAGAAGAGGAUCGGCUGGGCCACUACCGCCAUCCACGGAGGCGUCGGCGCCGUCUGCCUGUGGCGCGGCCUCAAGGAGGGGGCCGGCAAGUAG